AUGGUAAGAUUUCUUUUUUUAUUGAUCCAGUCUUUAAUUACAUUUGACGUGUGUUUUGGAUCAUUAUUACAUAUAGAAAUAAAUGAAUCAAUACCCAUUUCAUUAGCUGACUGUCUCAAAUUUUUUGCUUAA